AGCUCAUUGAUGACAAAAGGCACUCAGCGUUCGGGCGGCACUCACUCACGUCAACCACACGUGCACUGUCCUUUUCAGAGACACCACAUCCAUCCAUCCAUCCAUAUGUUCACACCGACAUCCCCACAGCGACAAAUGUCACAUGCAUAACGUCACGUCACUGUGGCUGCAGCAUAGGCCUCCUCUGCACGGCCCACCCCAGUCCUCAACAAACACAUGGCGGCCCGCUCCCCGCUGUCCAAAGCGCCAUUAAGAGUCGGUGUGGACAUAUAGUCGCCACACAGCACCAGCCCCUCCGGCAGCGUGCCGGCUAAUGUCGGGUCGCUCUGCAGCGGCACCUUCAUCGGGGGUUCCUGCGAUGGCUGCGAAUAGCGUAUCCUGUAAGACCUGCAGUGCACCAACCAACACACCGCGGUGGUCCGAGGGGCAGAUCGCCGUCAGGUGUGUUUCGCUCCCUCACCUCAGGAACUUUGCGUUUGCCAUUACAUCAGGCCAGAUGUCCUGGAGUACCUGCCUGACUGCCGGCUCGACUUGGCUCUCGUCUUUGUCGCGCCACUCAUCGCUGUCGCACAGCGUGACAGAGAGCAGGGCCUUGCCGGCAGGCGCAUAGCUGCCACACACCUGACACAACCAACCAGCGGAUUGCCAUGUGUGGAUGAGUGGAGGGCCCGAACAAGCGCCCACCUGUGAGGGGAAGCACAUAUUGUUGAUUCGGAAGGGCAGCCUCCGCUCUGUUUCGCCGUUCAGCAACAGGAUCGGGGCCUUUAUUGGGGCUUCCUGAGCAACCAUCAAAGUCACACGGAAUGAAUGCACCGUGUCGUUUGUUCUUCCCUCCAUCACCUACUUGGUCCAGCCCCCAGUAGAAUGUCCAACUCUCGAGGCCGGGCUUGAACAAGUCAGCUAACGAUCCACUCAAUGCAUUAGCGGUGACGCCCACCCCACUCAGCAGCUUAAGGGUGGCUGGCGCAUCCGUUGCAAGCACCACAGACCGGCACUUGACGGUCUCCCCACCAGCCAAAGCGACCACAUAUGUCCCAUCCCUCGCCCUCUCCACCCGCAACACCUCAGUCGACAGCCGCAGGUCUUUGACGCCGCUCGCCAGCUGUCGCGCCAGCUCCCCCAUGCCGCCCUCGGGCAGCGAUGCGGGCCCCCGGGCGAAGAGAGAGAAGAGCCACUCAAACAUCCUGCUCGAUUGUCUGUCCAGCGGCGCCAGAAAGAUGCCCCGGUAGAAGGGCAGAAAGAACGAUGAAAUCAUGCUGUCGGAGAGCUUCAGCUCGUUGCGGAGGAAGUCAACUGUGGGUCGUUCUGGUCGGCUGAAGAUGUCCUCUUCGGUCGAUCGGACGCAGGACAGCCGAUAGAGCCCCACCUGAAAGCACGCGUGAUGGGGCGCACGAUGAAGAGUGAGUCAGACAACCAGUGUGUCCGUCUAUGUACCUUGAGUUUGUCGGCGAAGGUGCCGAUGGGCGAGAGAAGUGAAGCCAAGAGGUCCUGUGGCCUCCUUAUUGGGUCAGACACGAGAUUGAACUCGCCGCCUUUCAGUACAAGAGCACCUGCACACACCACACACCACAGUGGCGAUGGCCUGGGGGGCGACCAGGUUGCGUGUGUAACAUCACCAACCGGGCAGGAAGUUUCUCAGCUUUAGCGCUUUGUAGUCAAACGUCCGCUUUGCCAUGGGGUACUCCUCGAUGAACACCUGAAAGCCCUGGACACACAAAGCACGUGUGAGGAUCAUGCAGCGCAUGAGUGUGGUGUUGGCUCACCCACCCUAUCGCAGAGGAAUCCAUCGACAUUGUCCGUCUGCACGCGGCCCCCUGGCGCCGCAUCUUUCUCGACAACCACCACGCUCAGAUCUGGCUGCUGCUGUGCAAGCGUCCUCGCAGUGCUCAUGCCACUCAUGCCGGCACCGACAAUCACACCUGACAAGCAAACAGAGGCGUAGAGAGUGACAAUGGCGCAGUGGCUGUGCUGCUCACAGUCUGCUGUUGAUGAGGCAGCCAUGCUCACGCUCCUUGUUGGCAGAUGGCUCCGCCGCCCGCCUAUGCUGCGAUGCCGCGACAGAGAUGGCGAGAUGAAGGCCUCCGCAGGGGCGAGUACAA